UUAUAAAUCUACUCCGCACCACAAACGGCUUAAUCGACUGUUUCUCCGUAUUCUCGCGCUUUCUUUCUCUGAAGAAGAAAUGCAGACAGCAACAAUGCCGACGUCUGUGGUGACUGGUACACUUAAUCGCUCGACACUUCGUUCUUCUUCCAAAUCUCAGCCGCGCCAAACAAUAUCACCUUUCGAAACUCGCAUAUCUCUCCUCUUCGCUCUCGCUUCUCAAUCCGCUUCUCUCUCUCAACGAGUCAUGGCCGAUUUAGUUGCUGAAACUACUAAAUACGUUGUUCCAAAGAGAUUUGAGAGUCGAAAUCUCGAAGAAGCUCUAAUGGCUGUUCCGGACCUCGAGACAGUGGAUUUUAAGGUGCUGAGUAAGAAGGACCAGUACGAGAUCCGAGAAGUGGAGCCUCAUUUUAUAGCAGAGACAACCAUGCCUGGGAGGGAAGGCUUUGAUUUCUUUGGAGCUUCUCAGUCCUUCAAUGUGUUAGCUGAGUAUUUGUUUGGUAAGAAUUUUCCGAAUGAGAAGAUGGACAUGACAACUCCUGUUAUCACUCGCCGGGCAUCUGAGGGAGAAAGAAUGGAAAUGACAACCCCUGUAUAUACAAAGAGGGUGGGAGAUCAAGAACAAUGGAAGAUGUCUUUUGUCAUGCCUUCAAAAUAUGGUUCCAAUUUGCCAGCACCAAAGGACUCAGCAGUGAGGAUCACUGAGGUGCCAAAGAAAACAGUUGCAGUUGCUGCCUUUUCAGGCUAUGUUACUGAUGAGGAAGUCAAGCAACAAGAAUUGAAAUUAAGAGAUGCCUUGAAAAAUGACUUGGAGUUUAGAAUUAAAGUGGGAGCAGAAGUGGAAGUUGCACAGUACAAUCCACCUUUCACACUUCCAUUUACUCGUCGAAAUGAAAUUGCUCUUAAAGUUGAAAGAAGGUAAAUUCUUGAUGGCUCUUCCGGGGUUCCUUGAAUGGAGUAGCAUAGAAUCUGCAGAACAAAUAGUGUAAAACUUGUUUGAUCCUGUGAAUAUGUAUACACAGAGUUGUAUUGUAAUAUAGUCCAUAUAGUUCUCUUCCUAUGAUCAAUUUACUAUACCUCCCAAACCGAAAAAGGAAAUUAGAAUUAUAAGAAUGUCUUACUCAUUUGAAUACUUAAAAGCUGUAUGAACUACAAUAAUAAAUUGUAAGCACCUUUUGGUGUCUAUUUUCUUGCUGAGGUUAA